CGCUGGUACCGAAAUCGCAUGGCUAAUCUCAACGCAUUAACUGGAGCCGAAGCUGCUGCUGCUGGUGGAGGUGGUGGCGCUCGGGGUAUGUCCGAGGCCGGCAGAACAGCCCCGGUAUUAGCGCCACUUUUGGGAGGGGUCUUCAAAAAUAGAAAAUCCCGAGCCGUGGACGACACUGGAGAACGAGGCUUUCAGCGCAUCAGUGGUCGCAAACUGCCUAGUGCUUUCUCAGCUGGCAUGACUUCCGCACCGCCGAUGCUCAUGCCAUCGGCCUUCGACACUGACCGAAAUAUGAGCACCAGUUCGGUGUAUCGCGACAGCACUUACUACGGCGCAGGCGGAUCGCCCUUUGAUGAUCCCAACAAUGAAGUCGGUAUCAACGAGACUAUUAUGCCUGGACCAGCCCGCCAAGCGAGAGUCCACCCUCCUUAUGCCAUGAGCCCGACAAGCGCGCUGUCAGAAAACACAUCGCCCACCAGUCCCACAUUCCCCAUCAACAGGAGCAACAUGUUGACACCGGAACCUGGCCAAGAUGCUCCUCUUAUGACCCCACUUCACCCGCAAGGCAUGGCCAACAGAAGCGUCACUCCUGGUACUCUUUCAAGCUUCGAUGGAAGCAGAGGCAGCAGGUUCACCGAGGAGGUCUGAUUCUGCAUGAUCACUAACUUUACUCCCAACACCAAAAUUGUGUUCUUUUUCUUGUUCCGUCAUGUCCAACCAACGCGGGAUGGAGUUUGAGACUCUCCCAUCUUUCCUACAAGACUUUUGGUUUCUCAUUCUCCACUACUUCACUUCUCUACCCAACCUUUUUUCUCUUCUUCUUCUUCUCCAUCUUGGAAGCCCGAUACCCCCUUUUUGUACUUCAGUUACGCUUUACACUUUGUAAAACUUUUGCCACGAAGGUACCUUA